ACACCUUAUACGAAAGACAUUCUGUCGGCCAUUUUAAAGUGGAAAAAAUGUGUUCGAAGCAGGAAGCGGAGUUGUCGGACCUAACCGUCGAAGCGGAGGUUUUAGAUACGGAAGAAGUGGCCGUGGUAGACCUUCUCACCUCAUUUGGAUUAUCGUUAGAUGUUAUUGGUUUGUUCAUAGAUAACCGCUACACUCUCGAGUCGUUGAAAAUUGUGGAAAGGAAGGAGCUGGAGGAAUUAAUCCAAUCUCCACAUCUGGCUGAAAGAUCCAAGUGCAUUUUUGGGUUAAAUUCUUGGCGAGAGAAACAGGGAAUUCAUCCUGUCACAUGCAUAAAAUGUCAGCAUUCGUCAACGUCUGCUGCAGCUGACCUUCCACCGGAAAUAUCUCGUGAAAAGUGCACAGCCACUUAUUUGUUGAAUACGUCUUCAAAAGGUCGCGGAAUUAUUGAAAAUUAUAAACAAACUGGUUAUCUGACCCGGACGAACAAGAAGGCUAUCACUCACAUCAUCAUUGACGAAUUCAAGGAUCGGUUUUCAAAAUUAACACCAGUUGAACUCUUGGGCAGGUCAUUGGAACUGAGCCAGAUAUUCCCGAGUGAACCACAGGGGUUUUAAUGCCGAUCAAGUUUCACCUGAGGAAAUAUUUGGAAUGCAACGAUGUCCUAAAAACAAUAAUUGAUCAUCUGGCGCCAUCUCGGGAUGGCAUUAUACGUAGUAUCGUAGACGGCACGAUAUGGCAACAGAGAAUAUUUGGCAUGUCAUCGAAAAUCAUCAUCCCAUUGAAUUUGUUUUGUGACGAUUUUAAUACUGGAGAUACCGUUUCACCACAUUCUUCUGAAACGUCGAUUUGUGGUAUUUACUAUUAUAUACCAUGUUUACCAAGUUAUGUUCUUGGUAAAUUAGUAAAUAUUCUCGUGGCAGGCUAUAUUCUCACACAGGAUAGAAAAACGUUAGAAAAUGAAGAUUUGUAUAACAAUUUGAUAAAUAUUUUUAUUGAUCUUGAGGAAAACGGUCUUCAAGUUCAUUACGAAGGCAAACUAAUAACGGUAUAUUUCAUGAUAGGCUUCAUAACAGGUGAUAACUUGGGUCUAUCCAGCAUCUUGGAUUUUGCAGAAUCAGCUCGAGCAAAUUAUUACUGCCGAAUUUGCAAACGAAAUAGAUUGGAGAGAGAAAAAGACACAAUUGAAUUUAAGGAUAGUUAUAGGACUACAGAAAACUAUGCCGAAGAUGUAGAUUUACAGGAUGUAUCACGCACUGGCUUGAAAAGAGAAAGUGUUUUUAACAAAAUUCCUUCUUUCCAUGUUACUUAUAAUUUUUACUUCGACGUUAUGCACGACCUAUGGGAGGGCGUUUGUAUAU